AUGUUGUGAGAUUAGAUUCAGUUUUCGUCCAGACUUAGCCGAGGCAUCACAUCAUGAUGAAACCAACAUUAUACUACGACGAUCGCAGUCCACCCGUUCGCAGUUGUUUACUUCUCAUUAAAAUUCUAAACAUAGAUGUGGAAUUGAAAUUUAUAGAUUUAUUUAAAGGAGAACAAUUAAAGCCAGAAUAUGUUGAGAUAAAUCCAGUGCACUGUGUACCAUUUUUGGAACACAAUGGAAUUACUUUAACUGAUAGUCAUGCAAUUUUAAUUUAUUUAUGUGAACAAUUUGAUGGUGGUGCCGAUUGGUGGCCCGAAGAUAAGCUCCAACGAAUUGAUGUGAUCAACAAAUUAUUCCUUGAAUGUUCGUUUUUGUUUCGCAGAGAUAGUGAUAUGAUGACGGAAAUUGUUAGGAAGGGCUUUGAUAAUAUCGAUUUGCCAUUCCAUGAAAGGAAAAUUCUCGAGGUAUAUUCCGCUCUAGAGAAAAAUCUCUCAAUCAACAGAUUCAUGUCUGGCAAAAAAAUGUCAGUUGCAGAUUUAUCAUUCCUGACCACACUGAGUACGGUGGAUCUAAUGUUUGCAAUAACAGCAGAGAAAUGGCCGCGUUUGAACGAAUGGUUUGAGAAUAUGAAGCAAUCGCUUGGAGCAACGUAUACCGAAUGCAAUAGCAUUGGAUUAGAGAAAUUGAAAAAUAUUAUUGAGAAAAUGGGAAAGUUCAAGUUUCCCGAAAGGAGUGUAUAGAGGAAACAAGUAAUUAAAAAAUAAAGUAGAUAAAAUAAAUUGCUUUAAAUUAA